AUGUCCACCGAAGCCGAUCCACAAACCGCAACCGAGAUGGACCAGCAGCAGACAGGCGCCGCGAAAACAUCUGAAGAACCGAAAACGUAUCGAGAAGUCGCUGCUGAGCACAUCGAUACCCUCAACGAAAUCAACCACCAAAUACCUAAAUUGCUCAAAUACUUUGCAACCGCCCUUAGCCAGCUCACCAACGACCCGAUCCCCUUCCAACAUGACGCCAUGGAGUGUACACCUGGAACUCUCGACGCGCGCAAAGAAGCCUUCCGAAUCAACGCUCUUUUCGUCUCAGCGUCCUGCGAGGUAAUACGAUCAGAGUUGGUGAAGCAAAUCAACGCUCUGGAGCGGUACAAGGUCAUACCAAAAAGCCAUCCCAAGUUCACCGCGACACAGAGACAAGGACAAGGGCAGAAAGGCAAAAAAAAUGAGAGCGAAGUUGUGGACCCAGAGAAGGAAGUCAAGAACGGAGGCUACGGGGAAUUUGACGUGGGCGUGCUAAACGCAAGGGCGAGCUCGGGACAAGUUGGGACAGAGGAUGUGCUGGAUCGGGCGAAGGCGAUACUGGAGGAAUUACAGAAGCGGACUGCAAGUAUAACAGGCGGACAAGAAGACAUGGAUGUUGAUGGAUGA